GUGUAUCGGAUCAUCGCAGCCAAGCUGCCGCCACUAUUGAUAGCGGCGGGAUCGCUCGAGCCAGCGGUCGAAGCGUUUAGAGCGAUAGCCGCAUCCAGAAGGGUCAGUGCCGUCGUUGGGGGUGAGGCACGCGGAGCCAAAGCGGAAGGUGACAGAGCAGACAGACGGCGCAGGUUAUUGGGACGAGUCGCUGGAAGGCGACCAACGGCGCGCACUGGCCCGAACGUUAAAAAAGCAGCACCGGCGGCUCUCGGCAGAAGAAAACGACGACGGCGAAGGCAACGCGUGGACGCUGCUGGUGGACCCUCGGAAAUCACGACCGAUAGCAGCAACACUGCGGGUCGAAUUAGUGCUCCCGUUGCAAAAAUGGUCGUAGCAUCCACCGGUCAUGGCAGCAGCAGUAGUAGUAGCAGUAGCAGUAGUAGCAAUGGCAGUAUCGGAUUGCACGCGACCGCUACUGCCCAUACACGUAGUGGAAAUGGGAGCAGUCAGCAGAAGGCAGGUUAUUUUCCCGUACCGGCCAGCGGAACCGGGAUGACACCAAAAGAACUUUCAGACAACGAUGACCUCGCGACUGGGCUGGUAUUGGAUCCGAUUCUUGGCUUUCAAACGCACAAGAUGAACCUAAAGUAUCGACCGCUGCGGGUUAACACCGAUCCGAUCAAGGACAUCCUGGAGGAGUUUAUCCGCACCCAAAAUUACGCCAAAUGCUACCAGCAGCUGAUGAAGGGGAACUGGAUUCCACGGGCAGUGCUUAAUAAGAGCAAACUGGCGCAGAAGCGACUGGAAGCACAUAUUUAUCGAUACCUGCGUGUGUUCGAUCGGAAUGCGGGCUUCGUGAUAGAAGGCUGCUAUCGGUAUUCGCUCGAAGGUCAGAAAGGGGCGAAAAUUUGUUCGACGAAAAAAUGGCUGAAGAACGAGAAGAUUGAAUGCUUGGUCGGGUGCAUUGCCGAGCUGACGGAGAAGGAGGAAGCGAUGCUGCUGCAUCCGGGCAAAAACGACUUCUCGGUAAUGUACAGCUGUCGUAAAAACUGCGCCCAACUGUGGCUGGGACCGGCUGCGUACAUUAAUCACGACUGCCGGGCGAACUGCAAGUUUGUCGCCACCGGAAGGGACACCGCAUGCGUGAAGGUGUUGCGCGAUAUCGAGAUUGGCGAGGAGAUUACCUGCUUUUACGGGGAAGAUUUCUUCGGGGACAAUAAUCGAUAUUGCGAGUGCGAAACGUGCGAACGCCGAGGAACCGGAGCAUUCGCCAAAGACAAAGAUGGGGAGGAGCAAAGCCCGAACGGAGUCCGGUAUCGGCUGAGGGAAACCGAUAAUCGACUGAAUAGACUGAAAAGCAAAAACACCCAAACGGCGGAUAAUGGCAAAACGACGAUCGGAAAGACCGAACCGCCGUCAGCGCUGACCGCACUGAGCAUGAAGGAGCUUCGCGAGAAGGGAAUGACCAAGUAUGAUGCGGAAAUGCUGCUGGCCCAGCAAAGCCGUCAUUCGCCGCGGAAGGUGGUCGCUACGACGGACUCGAUGGAGACGCCAAAAACGCCUUCAAAACCAAGCGAUAAGUCUUUGUCCCCUUCCGGGGAGGAGUUGACGCAGAAGCGAGCUACACGCUCGUCCCGGCGAUUUCAGCCCUCAAACGAGGAAAAAAGACAGCCAUCAACCGCAGCACCAGCAGAAAAUUCCCCCUCCCAGAAGACUACUGAGGAAGCGGCCACACCGGUCCCGCCGAGAAGCACACGAAACAGUAUGCGGCCUCUGCAGGAGAACGGCCGGCGCCGGUACAGCAGCAACAGCAGUGCCAACACCGACAUCUCCAGCAUCCUCUCGUCGACGUCGUCGUUCGUAACGGCUCGAACGUCCGUUCCGACGGCGGCCGAGCGUAAAAUGAUGCCUCGUGGCAUGAAAAACGCGACGGCCGUCGGCACCGAGGACGACAUCAUUGUGAUUGACGACGACCACAACAGCAACCACUCGUUUGCGUCGAAAAGCAGCUGCAGUGGGAUAUCGACGCUCUCGAAGAGCCAUCCGCCAAAGAACAACAGCAACAGCAACAACGACAGCGUCUAUGUGUUCAAUGAUCUCCUGGAAAACAACCUUCUCAACGGCUACACGCUGCGAAACUUCCACCAACACCAAGCGGCUCUGCAGCAGCAAGAGGAACAACGUUCCUCGCCCCGGCCGGCAGCCUUGACAAAACGACGUUCGACGCGACACUCGCCAGCGGCGGAAAACUUCAGCCCUCGCGUGACGCGCCGUAAGAAACGGCUUCUGGAAGACGACAACCAAUCAUCAGCCGAUCAGCCGUCAAAAUCAGCCAAAGUUCUGGAGGAUUCUCCAGUUUCACCGGCGGAAGCCCAGCAGCAGCACGCGCCCGAAGCCGCCAGCAGCAGUGGUGACAGCUCGAACCGAGGAAACCGGCGGAAGCAAAAACUGCAGACCAGAGUUAUGCUUGCGGACGAGGAAGCGGCCCUGCAGAAGCAGGUGCAAGAGGCGGAGGAACUGGAACGACUGGGCCGGUCCGGAAUCGGUCGUGUUCCGCGCCGGCUGCUGUUGGAUGCCGAAGAAGAAGAAGAGGAAGAUGAAGACGAUGUGAUCCUGUCGAAAGUAACCCAUUGUGAUGCAAGUAAUAAGAAUAAACUGUUAAGAAGUGGUAGCAGAGGCGGCGGACACGAAGAUGUGAUCGUUCUAAGCAGCGGCAGCAGCAGCAACGGUAGUACUAGUGGUAGUGAAAGUAAUAGUAAUAAGCCAAUAAUAACAACAGCUAGAGAUAGUAGAAGUGGUAGCGCUAGUGUAGACAAAGAUAACGUUGGUGGUGAAGCACAGCUUGCCUCGAAGACGGCGGUGAUUGGGUCGCGGAAGCGAAAAGUGUCGAAAAGUGAAUCGGAAAGUAGUUCCAGCUGGGAGAAUAAGGUUCCAGUGCAAAAGCAGCAACAGGCGUGUCACAUUCCCAAUCCGGAAACAUUGCUAAAGACGCCCGAACGACGCCUAAAGCUGACGCUACGCAUGAAACGCAGUCCGGUGAUUGACGAAAUCAUUGAAUCAGGUACGAGUCUAAGCGACGAUACGUGCAGCGCUCACAACUACAAGCCCGAAUACGAGGUUCUGCGCGUGGAAGGUAUUGCGGAGGAAAGCGAGCGGGAGGAGGACGACUACGAGGAUGACGAUGAGGAGGAUGAGUUGGACGACGAACUAACGUACAGCAGCAGUUGCAGCAGUAGACUUUCCCAGAAGCGUAAGAAACGUCACAAAUCUAAGGAAGCACGAAGACAUCGCAAGCGAGCCAAGCGUGAACUUCGCCGUCACACUCAUCAUCACCAUCAUCAUCAUCAUCAGUCGUCGUCGCUGCUUAGCCAACAGCACCACCACCACUCGCAGCAGCAGCAGCAACAGCCACCGCCACCGGUCAUCCUACAACCAUCUGCACUAGGGCCGGUGACGGCAGCUGUUACUGCUGCGGCCGCCGCUAACCUAACGCCACAGAAACGGUCGCCGAUGCAGUUUCCUGCACCCACCAAGCGACUCCGACUUAUAUUCGGCAACGAAACACGUACUAUCGACAUUCCACCGACUGCGAAAAUCUCCGCAUCGUCGUCUCCCUCCACAUCCAGCUCACUGCCACUGUCCCCAGCAGUCAGUUUAACGCCAAAUAGUCUCAACACUUCCAUCGCUAGCCCAAACACGCCCGGCAACAGCUGCACCAGCUUGCUGAUCAACAACACGCCCGGCGUUAUUGUCAGUCCAACGCGGUCCACCCUCGCAACUCAGUUUCCAACCUUCAACGGGUACGCUGCCAGUACGUUCUCUCGAUCUCCCUCGGCUUCUCAGUCAUCGCAGCUUCUAUUCGCAAACAGUUUAAACUCCGUCUCUUUCCUACCGACUAACAACGUUCAUCCCCAUCACAAUCUGUUCCAGUUUCAAACCAUGUCCACCUCUCAAUCCGAGUCUCAAUCUCAGCACCCGCAUAACGUCAUUCAGCACACGGGAAGCUUACUGCAAAAGCAACAGUCGCCCCAACAGCAGCAGCAGCAGCAAACAACGAUUCAACUGAACCUCAACAGUCACCAAAAUUCCCGGGGGUUUGGGGAACUUAGUCAUCACCAUCUAACCCACGCUAACCACCAUCAUCAUCAUCCACAGCAUCACCUUCACCACCCCCAUCACCAUCAUCAUAACCAUUCGCCCUUGUCUCCAUCGGUGGCGGGCGCUUCGGCAGCCAAUCCCCCCGUUAGCACCACACCGACCAAGUGCAGUCCGUAUCAACAACUGCCGGCCCUAACCGCUAGCCAGGUGGUGCCCGGUGUGGCCACCUUCAACUGACUGCUGGGGUCCAGUGGCGGAGUCGAACAACCACAGACCAUAGACUAUAGAUAGACACCUCCGUUUUCCUCUGCGGACCUCUGCUCUGCUUUUUCCUCCACAGACGAUAUCGCCGGAAACAAUGCGCCUUUGCUACGUGUGGUGGUACUCAAAGCGACGAAGUCGCCGACGACGACGACGGCGGUACUACUUGCUGGUGGUUGAACCCAAACACACUCAGUCACUGUCUGCUAUGCGAGCAAGCUUGUUCUUAUGAAAGUUGUAGCCAAUAUAGGGCCCCCUACCCCGUAAUAUCAUGCAACAUCCAAACAAACACCAUAGGCUUUACGUUGAUGUAGAAGGAAAAAAAGUUAUUUUACCCCCGUUAAGUAGUCUCAUUUCAUCCAAACCUAAUAUAUGAGGAAACUAGCAAACUAGCGAAAAAAAAAAAUUCUGAGCGUCUGAAUUCAGAUUUUCAUUUUAUUUACAAUUCGGUUCAUCUGUUAUUAUCAUCAUCAUCGGACGUAUAGGCAAAAAUAUACACUGUAAAUAUAGUAGCUACUAGGUAUUGAGGAAACAAAAACCAUACAAUUUAUUCUUACUUUCUUCUCCGUUAAAGCACAGAAGAUACAAGUUUGUCACCGAAACGUGACGUUGACGAUACUACAAACAGUUGAGAGAAGAAAAGUACGAAGCCUAGAAAGCCUAGAAGAUGAAUGUGUUCUAACCACGCCACUGUAUAGUUUUAGGUUAUAUCGAAAACAUAUAUUUUUUGUGUGUAGAAAAUCCCGUCAGAAUUUCCUAAAUCUGGGCAACUGCAGGACAGACGCAGGCAGGCAGGUUCACCCGAAUUCGGUGACUUCACACUAUCCACACUAAUCCGAAGACUGCGCAGCUCAAGAUUGGAUAGGUUUUGGUUUUGGAGCGCUAAUAACUCGGUCAGUUCUUAACCAAUUCGCACGGUAUUUGUAUCACUCGGUCAGAAAUCUUUCUACGAAUGCAUAAACGUCAAGCAUUGUCAUAAUUGAUGAAUCAACCAAUUACGUGCCAGCACAUUUUUGCUUCCCAAGUCUGGGAGAUGCGUUUUCCUUCGUUUCGAUUAGUGAAAAAACAGUUCAGUUUAGUUUGCUUUUGUUAUAGAGCCUUUAAUCUGAAGGGUCAUUCAGCUCGCUAGAUUUCACAAAUGUUAAUACUCUAUCUUCCCUAUCGUCAUCAAAGCAUACUAUUUCGCAGAUAUCAAACUCUAAAUUAAGGUUUCUGCUUGUUCCACCGAGAACUGUGUUCCACACAGCACGCAUUCGCAUCUCGUUUUUCAAUCAGUAGGGUAUGCCCGAUCCUCAACCGGGUCAAGCUGCUCUGCUCAGGCUCACUUCGAUUCUUCUCGUCCUAUUGUGCUUUCUCUUCCUUUGUCUGUUGGCCAUCGAAUCAGCUUCGAUAUUUCCUGGGAUUCCUGGUAUUCGACACAGCACAGCAUCCUUUCGGUCCAUUUCUAUUUGAGCCGUUCUGUUCCAAGGUGAUGGUUGGUGAUAUUCUCUUGAAUUGCUGAGACGCAGCUUGCUGAGUCCGUCGUGAAGAUGAUUGUUCUGUCUCGGGUCACACUUGACUUUAGAGCAUCCAGUUCUUCAUCCGGGGGACCAUCCGUGAACACGUGGGUAAGGCCGUGGAUUGCACUCUAGCUUUACUUGAUGCAUCCCCGACUUUGAAUUGACCUUUAAUCGACCAGUCUGCUGUCGGCACUGCAGAGUUCCAGUUCCUCCUGAUUAGCACUGGGAAGGGAAAAUGGAUAGUGCUUUUUUCUCCACCGGCUUGGAUGAUUUAGCGACAAGUUUCUGAUAUACCAACAGCUGGAAAGGAAACUCUCCGGAUUCAGCUCACAGUACUAACGGCGGAUUGAUCCGAAAGGCUCCAGUUUCGCUUCUGCCGACAAUGCCCCGUCCAUGGAAAAUCACCGGAAGGAUUUCCGGAAGGCCUUGGCAAUGUACAUCAACGUCUUACUCGUUCCUCCUGGAAUCCUCUGUCCUAAAAGUUCUUGACGAUCUUGGCGUGGGUUUGGAAUCGGAGAUUUCUAGUUAACGUUGCUCCUAAGCCUUUCAGGCUCUUCACCUCGGGAAUACUCUUCCUGUCCAGACGAAUUUACCGGAUACGACAUUUCAAAGCCUUUUGGAGUAUCCAUCCUCUAGCCUUCGAGUUCGAGUUCAACGAUGGGUUCAAGUUGUCGAAUAAUUGCCUUGUUCAGCAGGUCACGAAUUAUUUCUUCCGCUCGACAGUUUGCAGGCCGUUGUCUAUUACCUGGAACAUCCCUAUGAACACGGAAUCUGGAAAUUCGUUGCAACCUAGAAAAGUUAACGAAUGUCAGGGAAUUUAAUUUGAAGUCAGAGAUUCAUCUUUUGUUAAAUGCUUGCUGUCGUGUGCCCAAAAAUGAAAUGGAACAUGACACGUUUUUGUUAUUCACGGGCAGCUUAUCUGCCGUGGACAUAUUUCGAUGAGUUUCGAAGUUUAGAAUUUCGUGAAUGUGCUGAACGACCCGGCAACGUUUCUCAGCGAUUGGACCAAUCUGGUCGAUUUUGGUCUCAUUGGGAACAGCCUAAUUCAUCAUUACGAAAAUUGAUGGACAAGACACAAACACGUAUUCGCCGUAAUUCUUCACUAUGCGCUGCUACACUAGAGUCACAUGAUCGACUGUGCUGCACGGCCUUCCUGUGUUCCCUCAGUCUAAUUUUGAAUCUGCAACGUGUUUGUCGGGGCACUCUUGGCAUGGAAUUUGAUAUAUUCGGAAUUGUUCCUCAAGCGGGAUUUUGUCUUUGAGGUUGCACAACAUUUCCCGUAGUGUGCAGCAGCUUUCGAUGGCUGUCGCAAAUCCAUGUUGGUGUAGGAUGUUUUUGAUCGAGUUUGUAAUAAUUGGAUAAAACGGUGGGCUGAUCCUAACUUUCUCAUCGCUCUCUGGUUGAAGAGUUGUUGCAUUCUGUCGGUGUCUUUUCCGUUCAUGUUUCCGCAGCAUUUUGUUCACAAAGAUUCUGUCAUAUCCAUUCUGUUCGGGGCGAUUUUGUGUAUUUUCUCUCUUUCCGCAUCAAACUCUUCUUUUUCCGACGGUAUAUUGAAAAUACGUUGGGCCAUCGAGUGGAAUGCUGCUUGCUUUUAGGCUCCAAAAUGGUUGGAGUCGAAUGUUAUGAAACGGUCUGUUGAAGUUGGUUUACGGAAAAAUUUCAAGGCUUUGUCUUCCUUUAUUGAGAUGAGAAGAUCUAAAAACGAGAGUGUACCGUUUUGUUCUUUUUCAACCGUAAAUCUGAUCGAGUCGUGUUUCGAGUUCAGUAGGUUGAGCGUUUGUGACAAAUAGCGGUGAAAGCUUACUUCCCAUGCUAAGGCCAAAGUAUUGUUUGUAAAACUUCCCCCGAAACUUGAACAAAUUUUGCUUCAUACACAGCUGUGCCAAAAAGAGAUGUCCCGCAAUGUGGUUCGAAGUGUGGUUCAACGGUUACACUGGGAAACAGACAGGCAACAUCGAACGGUACCAUGAUCUCACUGUGACGUACCUCGAGGUCUUUGAUCUGAUCUACAAGCUCUAUCGAAUUGUUUACACCCUUGCCGUGAGUCACAGGAUAUCGUUUGAUCUCAUCGACCAGCCAAGCAGCCAUUUUCUCGGUUGGUGUACGGUAGAUGUUUGACAAAAUUGGACGCAUAGACAGUGGAUUCUUAUGGAUUUUGAGUAAGCAUUACAGUGAAGCGACCUUCGGGUUUGGUACGUAAAGUUUUUCAUCCCCCAUUAGCCGGGCCACUUUUUGUCGAACAACGUUAGCCUCAUCUAUCAUAGUGUUGACAGGAUCUUUGGCUUUUUCAUUUUUGAAUUUACACUUUUCGUACGGAUCUUCAUUUACCAUGAAUCAUGAAUGGCUGAUUUAGACGGAAGAUCCUGGUAUUGGACCACACUUUCAACACUAUUUAUAAUGUCUGCAAUUGGAGCAGAAGACGGUAGAGUUGCGAAAUUUAACCCUUUGUUAAGGAGGGCUAAUUUAUUGUCGAUCACUUGCAGGGUUUGAUGUGCAGGGUUUGAUUUUUGCAAUUUAUAAAACACAUCACUGGCACACCCACAGCCUACUCGAUGUGCCACGCGCAAGUGACAGCUUGAUUUGUUCACGACUAAAAUAUACAAGGCUUGCUACUCCGCGACUAUCUAUUUUUUGUGAGGUCAGUACAUUCGUUGAAAUAAAAAAACAGUUUUCUCCCCAUUCAUCUCCAAGAUUUGCGCUAACUAAAAAAGACGCCAGCAACCGAUUAAUGCAAAGUUGAUGUGUUAACCCUGUAACGGGUAACAUCGUAAAAACGAUGCGAUCAAACUAAUGACUAUUUUUCCAUGAAAGCACACUCAAAGGAAGCUCAAAUUUUGAUUUUCAUGCAAGAAUAAUUAUCUGGAGAAGCGCCAGGUAAGAAAUAGUCCAAUUUCCUUUUUUCGUUUUUCAUGCUUAACACUUUACCCCUGAUAUUUUUUAAAUCCAAAAUUAUUACAGAAUUGAAAUAAAGCAUGUAAAUUAGACACAGAAGAAAAUUUGAGGUCAAUCAUUUUGUUCUAGAUGUCUUUUUUCUUCAAAAGUGAUAAAGAGAAUAUUCACGUAAUAUGUUUUUUUCGGUUUUUCCCUAAAUUCUUGGCUUUGGCAUAGGCAUUGUCCGGGCCAAAUCAGAUCGCCCCAUGAAUGCCGCGGGCCGCAAUGACCUCUGGUCCAUUCGUGCGCAGAAAAUAUACGGCAGAAAAAACAAUUUUCUAGGAAUCAUCACAAGCAUUAACAGGCGGAAAGCAUUCAGAUCCACAACAUGCACGAAGCAUUGCGACUAAACUGAGCGCAUUAUUUAUUCAAAAGUCCACCAUCAGUCCACGGACCGCACGAAUCAUCUCAAAGGGCCAUCACUGCAUUAGAGGGUUAAAGUGUAUUUGCAUUGCCGUGGUAAGCGGAAGAGAGCAGACACGAAGAGAACCUUCGAAGGGGUUAGCGACUCAUUGUAUUGACAUAAAAAUUGUCUUAAUGGAUAAAAUCUUAUAACGAGUUACAUCUCUUCAAUUUCUGUGCAAAUAAGUGCGAUUGCUCGCCGAACUCGAAUAGUUCCACUUUCAUACUGGCGCGCAAUACAAGGAUUUUAUGCUUGCCCGUUUAUGCUUGCUCAGUUUAGCUUAAAAUGGCGUCGAAACAAGAAGCAUCUCGGGAGCUCGUUGUACACUUCUGCGUACUGCCGCAGAAAUCUCGACCAAAAUUAUCAAUCUUUUUUGGUUUCUUCGAUAUAUUAUUGAUCGGAUAUUUAGUCUAAUAAAUUUGAUUGGCUUAUUUUGCAUGGAAAAUGUCAUAAAAAGUCGGUACUGGUGUCGGCUGGUGCAUGUUGACACGCAAAACGCAUAUUUUUAUUCUGUACAGGACAAUACUUCCAAUAUGUUUUUCUGUGGUCAAUUUAGCAACAUUCCUAAAACACUCUUCUAUGCUUCGAGAACAAGCCAGGUGCUGGAUGGCUUUGUCUACGGCGGGUCUUCGUCUACUUUCCCAACCUAGGCAUGACAAACCAGCGUUAUAACCAACUUUGAAGCGAAUUACAUUUAAACUAAUACUUGGCAUCAAUAUUUAUGUAUCGUCCAUUCGUAAUCGACAAAGGAUAAUGUAAGAAAACCAUUACUCUUACAUGCAUUGAUUUUUGUAAACAAUUGCGUUUGUCCAUCGUAGACGAAACCAAAACUUCAGCAGCAGGAAAGCAGUUUCCGUAUGACAAACUGCCGCUGAACUAGAAAAUUUGUUUCUGUAAAAAAAUGUAAAUUCCGAAAUUUGAGAACUGUAGUGUUAUUCUGCGGCAACGGUUGCUUGGUUGCCUUCCAUGUGUUGAGUUGACAACUGUCAAUUAUGUCGACUUUCCUCGGCAUGCCUACUACGGUUGGAUACUUGAAUAUAUUACUUCUAUACUACACAAGUGGAUCGUGCGUGUUGACAUUUAGAAAACGUUCAACACAAAAAACUGACAAAUUUUGCAUCCAGACAAUUGCGGACUUUCAGAAGUUUCCUCGCUUCUCGUCAUGUAAGAGCUUAACAUUGAUUCAGCAUAGUACACCCCAGAGCGACUUUCCUUUUUGCCUUGGAAGUGCCUUGUUUCUACGGACAAUUCACUUCAAAAUGUCCUGGUUUCUUGCUCGUGAAGCAUGCUCCGUUCUCCCCUGACUUCGAUUGUCGUGGUUUCUGUCAAUUCCAUUCCGGACGCUUGAAUUUCCAUAAUAAUAGGGUCGUGUUAUUCGGAGAGUACUUUCAUCAGUAACGAAACUCCAGGCUCAAGCUGUUGGUCGUAGUCACCAGCUUGGCCACGUAGUCCUUAAUCAUUCCGCACUUCUCGAGCUGCACUCCUAGCACUCGUCGGUCAGCUUCCUUUAGCGUCCAUGAUUCAUGUCCGUACAGGGCCACACCGCAAGGAAUAGAGUACCGUAGAGCAAUAGUCAGUGUGCGAAUUUGCAAACUACGAGACUUCGGCUGGCUACGUAGCCACAGAAGGCUCGUUUCGCAGUUGCAAUUCGAAAAACAGCGGCUUGAAUUUCUUCGGAUUAGAUAAGAUUCUCUUAGGAAGAUACACUUGACGUCGUCGCUUACCUUCUUGGUGGGGGACGUAAAGUCCCCGGUCCUCUGCCAGUCGUUUCCGUCCAGUGUCAAGUAGUUUUCGUCGCCCAUUAUGACCACGACAUCGUGCUUCGCCGGAAAUAUGUUUUUCACCAGCACUUUCAGCCGAUUGCCUGAGCGAUUGCCUGUUACUCCGCAUAAAAAUAUCCAUUUUGGUCAGCUACUUCUUUUUCGUUUAGUCGGUUGCUUCCGUCCCAAAGCACGGAACGAUGAGACCACCUUACUCUCUGUCUUCUUCUUCAGUUUCUGCUUUGCGCAGCACCGUCAGGUGGCCGGAACCAGGCUACUGCAAACAACGGUUGCUCUUUUUUAGAUUCGAAUGCGUAUGGAAAACAAAUCUCAUCGAAACGAACGGCAUGAGCAAUUAAGGCCGUCCUACUUCUCCUAUCCCAGAGACGAUAUUCGUUUGGAGCAUAGUCAAACAUGAUCGCUCCCCGAUUUUUGGCGUCCAGCUUCUUUUAAAUUCAAAACCGGAAUUCAUUCAAGCGCUUUGCAUCCGAGAGUACAAAGUUUCGCGGUCGCGCCUAUUCCGGACCUCUUCCAGAGCUACAUCAGCCAGGAAUCCAACUAUCAAACUCUUGGCUUUUCGGAUUUUGGGUCUAGAAAUAGCUGUUUUUCUCCUUCCGUCGAGGGUACUUCCUCUGUUAGAACCUGUGGCACAGACACCGCCUCUAGAAACAUCUGGACACGAAAGCUCCAGUUCUCAAUUUCUAAUCCACCGAAGAAUUGAGGAAUUCCGUGCGCAGCUUCCUUCAGGGUGCCCGUCGUCGUCGUCAGCUGCAUAGAGCCGUACUGUUUUAAGCAGUUAUCUGCACUCAACUCGAUCUUGGGCCACUCGUCGCCAAUUACCUAGUCCAGUCGUCUCAGAAGUCGCAAAUCACUUUCGAUCUGGUCGAAUCAUCUUACACGUUGAGCCCCGCUGUUCCUGGUACCGCUGGGGUUGUUGAAGAGAACUGUUUUCGUCACAUUGUCGUCCGGCUCAGGGAUCUCUCCAAGCAGUGCCUGUAGCUGUUGAUUCUCCGCUUUCAGUCCGUAGCACCUUCCACCCCAAGUAGAACACAUUUGUCAUUUCUGGUUGCUGCAACCUAUUUAUGACUGAAAUUAGUCAUUAAUCGGUUACUACAACUAGUUUAUAACAACUGUGCUAGUAGGGACUCGAACACGGCAAGGGCGCGAAUGCCCUCCGCGCGCUGCGUCACAGCUUCAAGUUCAUAAAGAAUUAGUUGUCUGAUAUAUUGCUUACUCUUUACUCUAGUGGCGACGAAUUAUGGUCCUCCAGCACAGUACAGAACGGUAGUAAAAUUGUCUGAGAACAUAUUGCUUGAUACAAGAAUCAUCAUUGGUGCUCUGUAGAACGCCAGUUUGUGCGAAUUUGCAAACUACGGAACUUCAGCUGGCUACGUAAUUCGUAGAAAACCCCAUUCGCAGCUGCAAUUCCUUGCUUUACUUCGUUGUCAAACAUGUCACGGGCGUGCCAAGCUAUAUGAAUUCAUCUACUACUUGAUACCGUUCCCCAUCCAGCUCGGCACCCCCACAAACCGCUGCUUUGAUUCCGUUGAUUCCGAUGAUUCCGAUGACAAGAAGCAUGUGAGAUUUCGUGAUGAUAGUCCCGUUCCUUUCCACGUCUGCCGUUCGUAUUGCACUUUCCAAGGCAAUGUUGAAUAGCAGGUUAAAGAAUGCUUUAGUUCAACGUCGGGAAAGCGGCUGAGCUAUUCUACUAUUCUGACGCAUAAUUUUGACUCAUCCAGCGUCGCAAGAAUCAGUAACUAGUAACUAGUUUCGUCGGAAAACCAUGUUCUAGCAUUAUCUACUACAGCUCAUUUGACUGAAUCGUACGCCGCCUCAAAGUCCACAAACAGAGUGCGUUUGCAAGUUGUACUCCCGGAACUUGUCUGGUAACUCGAACUGACGCAGAGUAAAUAUUUGAUCCGUCGUUGAGUGACACUCACGAAAACCAGCUUGGUGCUUGCCAACGAAUGACUCCGAAUGACGAUUUUCUUCUUUGAAAAUAGGACGAAUGGGGCCAUUCAAACACUCUUCCGGCGUUUGUUUUUCCUUCUAGAUCCUGACAAUGAUCCAGAGAGUUGCUUCGUUCAGCUGCUCCUUCCCAGCUCAGCUGCUUUCUUAACCUCCUAUGCCGGCAAGCACGUACUCCUCGUACUUGUGUUUUUUAGACGGUAGGUUCGGUUCUGCAACAGCUCAUUUCGUUUGACUGACUCGUACGUCGCCUUAAUCCACAAACAGAUAAUAAGUAGUAACUGAUGCAGGGUAAUAUCUGGUCCGCAAAGCGGCGCUCACGAAAAUCGAAAUUUAGAACUUGUAACAGGUCUCAGUCUAUAAAACAGGAUGCGAGAGCACCUUAUAGGAAAAAUUGAGCAAUGUAAUGCCUCGAUAACUUUUACACUCCAAUCAAUGUCCCUUUUUUUAAUCCACCCAGAUCCUGACAAUGACCCGGUGGAUUGUUUCGUACAGCCACUAGCUCCGCGCUUUUAGAAGUUGAGCAAGCAUACCGUCCUUCCCAGGAGCCUUACCAUUUUGCAGUUCAUUAAUUGUCUUCUUAACUUCUUUCUGUCUUGAUGGCUCCACAGCCAUCAAGAAUUGUGAUCAAGAAGUUGAAGAAUUUGCCCUUAAUUGCUCACUCACAUACUCGGUAACCUGCAGAGCUCCACCAGAUAACUUGAUGCUGUUGCUUCGCAACCGACUCCGUGUUCUCCCUUUUUAUCGCCCCUGAAGUAGAUGUAAUGUACAUGAGACAGUUAUGCUUCCACCGGCAGUAUACCGGUUGAUCAGUUCCGUAUUUAUAUUCGCCUCUAUCGUACAUACCGAUCGGGACUGGAUCCGAUCAGAAAUUUUACUUCGAUCGGAAUACAACGUAUGCUAGAACACAUGUCGAUCGGGUUGUUUCUGAUCGGAUCGAGCCCGGUCGUAAUCUAGAAUCGAGCCGACUUCCGCUGUUCGUGGCGAUUGAGAGUUUCAGUUUAGCUGUGUCUUUCUCCAGGAAAAACAAUCAAUCCCUUACGAAGCAACCAGGAGGAAUCUGUGCCGAGCAAUUCAUGUAGCUGACAUCCUGAUGGCGAGGGCCAUCAACCAUAUUAGUCUAUGAAUUCAACCAUGACCUCUUCGUAGCAGAAUGUUCCUCCAAAUGUCGCUCCGAAGGACAAAUUAGGACAAGUUCGCACUUCCCAGCUAUUAGCUACUCUAGUAUGUACAUGAAGGUGAAGCAUUUCCAGGUAUGGUUGUCGAUCGUCAUCGUUUCACUCAGAUUUACGAGGAACCGCUAAAUUAAGAGAGUUGUGGAUAUUCUGCAAACAAAAAAAUACUCGAACAUUCAUAGUUAUCACACGAGAUAUGAGAAAAAUGUACUUACGGACCUUAUAAACAAAUCACUGCACAGCCUACUCGAUGCGCAACGCAAGUGACAGCUUGGUUAUUUAAAAUGUUUAUAUCUGACUGGAGGGUGGCCUUAGGGUCCAGUUUUGAGCUGCGUAAUCUCCGCUUCGUUCUACUUAGUAAGAGCCCGACUAGUUGAGUCGGUUUUCCAUCUAUUAAGACCCCCUUUUACGGCUGGUAUCGUUUUCGUAUACUCGCCCACCGGAUAUUUUGAUUUUUGUUUUCGAGGCUUUGUAUCCUUUUCCGGUUUCUCACCCCCGAUCUAUGUGGCCGGAAAACGCUUGGAUAGUGCAUUUAGUCCGUCAGUUUUGUUGCCCUUAGAAUGCCCAUUAUGAUGGGGGAAUGGCGAAAGGUAGGCCACCAGGCACGCACCAUAAAAUGCUUUUUUGCUGACUGAUCUAAACCCGAAACAGGAGGAAUAUAGCAACUGAUGUGGUGUUUAACGUAAUACAGAGAGAGAGAGAGAGAGAGAGAGAGAGAGAGAAAAGGCGACAUCGUUAAACUUAACAUUUAUCUAGAAUGUAUCGAGGUACAUUGAAUAAGAUUUUUACCUAGUACUGCCAGCAUAAAAUAAAAACACAUAUUAAAAUAAAAGUAGAACAGCUACCGCAGCAACGGUGUCGAACAGGAGAGGAAAAAGCAGACAGCAUAGAAUAAGAGGCAUUCCCAUUGCGGGGGAACUACCGGGAGGCGCGCGCGUCCGGCGUUGUAUUCGUUCGUGUAGAUAGUAGUUUGUACAGUUUGUAGGAAAGUGUGCUCGAUCUGUGUAGGAGCAAAAUGUGUAAAAAUCUUAGCUAGGUCGAUAGAAUACAACAAUGUUAUACGCGUAGCAGAAGAAGAAAACUUACUUUUUUUUUCGUUGUACUGUGAAAUUGGGACGGGCACACACCGCCUCCUCCAGGCGGGCGGGCGGGGUUGCGACGUUCUGUUCUGCUUUCUCCUGUCAACGAUGGACAAACGGUCGGGAGAAUGAUGGCAAACUUUGCAAAACAUGUGUAAAAUAGCAUUAGUAAUCAAGCGGAAAGCACUAUGAUAAAUAAUUUUGUGAUAAAAACAACAUAAAUAAAGAUUAAACAAUUAUUAACGAAAAAAGAAAAAAGGUUAAGCUAAGUUAAUGCAACUUUGUAAAAUGGUAAUAAUCAUUCACUAAAUGCGUAAGAACCUAUUACAUGCAAAACAAAGAAGUAAAAAAGCAGCAUACACACUGAACCGUAAGCAGAGUAACUGAUGGAGACAUAGAAUUUGAAAUAUAUGAUUCAUUACUUGAAUUUGUAAACAGGAGACAAACAAAAAAAGAAAACAUGCAUAGUCUGUAGUAUAGAGAAAAAAACAAGAACAAACCAAUACACAACACCCGGACGAUUGUUCCGCAUUGAAAAUAAAAAAAAAUUGAAGCAAAAAAAAAAUCUAGAAACAAAUACCAACUGCUGGUUUAGCAAUGAGAAAAUAAUGAAAUAUAUGAAAAAUUAAAG